CUGUUGUACAUGCAUUUCCCCCUGAGGAAAAUGGGCCCUUCAACAUGUUGCUCAGAAGAACAGCGUACUUUCAUUAAAAGUUUGAUUGGCGAGUGGAAACCUUAUAAAGAGAUGCAAAACAUUACAGGGUGUUCAGCUAAAAUCAUCUCUCGUGCCUUAAAAUGGGGAGCAAGACCAGAGACACGUGGCAGAGAAUGGAAGACACCCAUCAAAAUGCAUCGCAGAAUAACCAGCAUGGCAAAGAAUCAACCAAUGAUCAGUUCCAGCAUGAUCAAAGACGGUUUGGAGUUACCUGAGGGCCAGUUUGCUGUGUUCGUGCAAGAAAAACCGGAGAGGAGGAAAGAUGCGACCCCACAUGUUGAACACGCCAUGGCGGAUCGUGAUCCCUCAGCAGACUUUUGCUUUAACUUGAAAAACUCCUCCAGUGGAGUUGACAUCUUCUUCGUGAUUACACUGUCUAAUCGAUGAUAUUACAGCACUGUUGUAGGAUUUGAUGGAUUGGCGCUGGGGACCGUUACUGAACUUGGAAUCUAGUUUACUUUAGUGACUCAAUGCAAUUUUACCUUCCCCGUAAAAGGCUUCUUCUGCUGGAUAUUUAAUGAUUACCUUGGAACCAAUAUAUCGAUAAUAUUCACUGGGAUAUCCUUCUCUGGGAUUCAAGUGGAUUUGGAGAAGUUCCAGUACUUUAUCUUUGAAGACAUUAAGAGCGGGGGUUUAUCAGGAUCUUUCCUAUGAAGGACAUGGAUGGCCCUCAAUCUAGUGGCCUGCGCAAGAAGAAGAAGUCGAGGUCAGAGAGAAAUCGGGAAAGGAGAUCAAAUGGGAUAAGCAACAAUUAUGUUCAGGCCACUGUCUUUCAUUUCUCAUCUGACUCGGAGCGAGAAGGAAAGAGGGAGCCUUCUUCAUCCCGCCCGAGACCACCACGGAGAAAACGAAAGGAGUCUACUUCUGCUGAGGAGGACAUCAUUGAUGGCUUCUCUAUCGCGGGGUUUGUGACCUUGGAGGCGCUGGAGAAAAACUUGACCCUGAGGCCACAUGAGCGCAGAGUGAAUCAGUCUGUGCCCUUGUGCAAGAAAAACUCAGCCAGGGUCCCCAAUGGCUUAAGCCUCGAGCCCUUUCGGAACAACUAUCGCCAUCAUCAGCCAUCGGACCAGGAGAACAAUCCUCGCCUAGCACACCCACGAAGUAGGAAGAAGAAACACCAGAGCAAGAAAUGCACAAUGCAGUUGAAGCCAGGACAGAACAAGCGCAAAGACAGCGAUAGCGAGAGUGUGAGUGGAGAGUCCAAGCCUUCCAUGAGGAGCAGCUCCAGAGACCGACUGACAGAUUGUGACACAGAGACGGACCAGGACGACAAGGUUUCUGAUGCCAGCUCAGAGAAAUUUUUCAGCACAGCUGCACUUAAAGCUCCAGAUUUUGGCAUCAAUGCGCUCUCCACCAAUGGCAGCCAAGUGCCUCAAGGCCAAGGCCUCCUCAAGGUGUCAGGCUUAGAGCGCAGUCAAGAGAGAAGCCAGGAGAGCUGUAGGGACGCCCAACCUCCUUCAUCAAGCGCCCCUAGCCGUCCUCUGCCCCCGCCUCAGCCACACCCCCAACCUUUCCUCCAGAAGGCCCCAUCCUCACGGAAGUCCCAAGCAAUCACCUCCGCUCAGGCUCCGGGCUCCGGUCAUCCACUACCACAUUCGGAGGCUCCGCCCAGGCCUCAGACUCCCGCAGCCGUGCCUCUCACCCGGGGCCGAAAGCCCUCGCCAACCCCCCCUCCCCGGCCCCAGCACCACACAGAACUGCUGUCUCAACCCCGUUCUCUAAAUACAGCCAGGAUUCACCCGCACCUACCGUCGCCUGCCCCUCUGACCAACCACGGUCAACAGCAGCACCCUAGCCAGGUGGGGCCUCACCGCCCCCCCUCACGCUGCCACCCCCGGCCACUUUCUGCCUACAACGUCCUCAACCUCAACGGCCAUAGCAGCAGCAGGAGCAGCACCCCUGGGAGCAAGUCCCAAGGGCCUCCAGUUCCUUCCUCGCUCCUCCCCCACCACCCGCCUCCUCCCGUCCCAGGUGCCGCUGCCUCAUCAACGUACCCCUUGCCUCUGGCGGCUAACCACAGCGCCCCCCACAGCUUCCCCCCUGCAUUGCAGUCCUCACCGCACCCUCAUCACCCCAAUAUGUUCGCUCCUCCAGCGGCUUUGCCUCCACCGCCACCGCUGACGUCUAGCACCUUGCCAGUACCGGGACAUCCUGCUGCUGGGAGUGCCUACUCGGAGCAAGACCUUCUGCGUCAGGAGCUCAACACCCGAUUCUUGGCCUCCCAGAGCGCCGACCGCGGCGCCUCACUGGGCCCCCCACCCUACCUGCGCACCGAGUUCCACCAGCACCAGCAUCAGCACCAGCAUCAGCACCAACACACCCACCAGCACACGCACCAGCACACCUUCACGCCAUUCCCCCACGCCAUUAUGCCCACCCCAGCACCAUCCAUGGUGCGUACCCCUGCCAGAAAUUUUGACAAAUAUCCGACUAAAGUUGACCCCUUCUACAGACACAGCCUCUUCCACUCGUACCCGCCGGCGAUGUCGGGCCUCCCCCCUGUCAUCCCUCCAACUGGACCCUUCAGCUCUCUUCAGGGUGCAUUUCAGCCCAAGACCUCAAAUCCUCUCGACGUGUCCACGAGACCUGGCGCUGUCCCACACACAUUCUUACAGAAGGACCCAAGGCUCGCGGACCCGUUUCGGCCCAUUCUCAGGAAGCCAGGAAAGUGGUGUGCCAUGCACGUUCACACUGCCUGGCAGAUAUACCACCAUCAACAAAAAGUCAAGCAGCAGAUGCAGGUCGACCCUCACAAGUUAGAUUUUGGCCUCAAGCCCGAGUUCCUGAGUCGACCUCCCGGGCCGAGCCUCUUUGGUGCCAUCCAUCACCCCAGUGACCUGGCACGGCCUGCCACACUCUUUUCUGCUGCAGGCCCAACGCACCCAUCAGCAGGUCCCUUCAGCCAUCCACCCCACCACCCUGGAAAUUUUCUCACCCCAGCACCUCACUUAGAACCUUUCAGUAGACCGCCCUCCUUCGGCGGCCUGGGAGCUCUCAGUUCAUCAGCGUUUGGCGGACUGGGAAAUCCAGCACUAAAAUCCCUGGCAGCGGCCAACUCGAUGUUCGGCCAUAAAGAUGGCCCCAACCCGCAGCAGCACUUUGGCAGCAGCGCCAACAGCAACCACCAAGAGCCCUGGAACCGCCUCCACCGCACCCCGCCCUCCUUCCCCACGCCCCCGCCUUGGCUGAAACCCGGAGACUCAGAGAGGAGCGCCUCGGUCAGCUCACAUGAGAGAGACAGGGAUUCUGACAAACGGGACUCCAUUAGCAGUAAAGAUGACAAAGACAGGGACUUGAUGGAGAAACGUCACUCGAGCCACCCGUCCCCGGUCCCGGUGAACCCCAUUGGUCUUCUCGGUCACAGUCGUCCUCCGGAGCACCACAGGAACCACCUGCCUCCUUCCUCCGGAGACCCUCAGAGAGACAAGGAGAACAAGGCCAAGGACAGAGAAAGGGAACACCCAGAAUCUUGGAAAGAUAGCAGCACAGACGACCACAAGCUCAAAGACAACCAGCACAAUGAUAAGGACACGCCCGCCAUCCAUGACGGGAGAGUGUCAGAGGACAAAGCACCCAACAGGGGCGCAGCCUCGCCCUACAUAAGACAGACCAGCCUCGAACGCCCCAACGGUGGCCUGAGCAGGGAGCUUGCGGAGAAGAAGGGAGAGCUGCCGUUUGAGCACAAGAAGAACAGUGAGGUGAAAGUGAAAGAAGAACGAAAGGAGGACCAAGAUGGAGUGGCAGACAAAGCCAUCGAGCACCCGUUGGUGUCCUCCACGCCGAACCUCCACCCUCCAUCCUCAAUGCCCAUGCCCAUGGGCAUGGCCGGAGUUCAUCCGAUCAACAACAUGAGCAGCCUGGAGAGAACUCGAGUGGUGGCACCCUUCAUGGGUAUCAGCCCAAUCCCUGGCGCUGAGCGCUUCCCCUACCCUGCCUUCCAUUGGGACCCGAUGAGGGACCCUUACAGGGGAUUGGACAUUCACAGACGGGACCCUCUCGCCAGGGAUCUGUUGCUCAGGAAUGAUCCUCUUCACCGGCUGACGGCGCCACGCCUUUACGAGACUGAGCGUUCCUACAGGGAGCGCGAGCCUCACGACUUCAACCGUGAGCACGUGCACCCCCUGGCCUUGGAGCAGAGGAGGGAGCACGAGCGCGCUCACUUGGAAGAACGCGAGCGCCUCCUCAGAGAGGACUACGAACACGGCCGCAUUCACCCCGCCAUGCACCAUCCGGCCCUUGACGGACAUCUACCCCAUCAUGCCCAGGGCCUCAUGGCCCCGGGAUUGCCAGGCAUGCACUACUCCAGGGUCAGCCCCUCUGCCGCUGCCGCGGCCGCCGCCGCCGCCGCCGCGGCAGCCGCUGCCCAUCAGAACAGUAUUCUGAAUAAAACUCCACCUACCGCCUCUCUUAGCGCCCCGCCCCCACUCAUCCCCACGCUCGGCGCGAGGCCCGGCUCGCCCAGACGGACUGCCGCCUUGGCGGCUGAUAUCAGAGACAGAACCCCUCACAAGGACAUUGAGGCCCGGUGAGCCCGAGCUAAGUUGAGCUCGCAGUAACCUCCCAGCCAGCACUUCGCUUUGGGCAAAGCAAGACUGUAACAUAGCUGUGAAUAACAUUUGCGGGCCCACACACACCCACGGCAAGGAAUUGAUUUUGUCAGUAAUCACGGAAACGAACUUUUGAAUUUUCAGACCUUUUUUUUUUUUUCCUCCAAUGUUGCUCCAGCUUGUGCGUGUGUGUGUGUGUGUGUGUGUGUGUGUGUGUGUGUGUGUGUGUGUGCGCGCGCGUAUGCCCACUCUUUUUAUUGUAUAUUAAAAUGGGAAUGAAAUUUUGGAAUGUACAGGUACUUUAGCACUGACAGACAGCAAAGUGUGUAGAUAAUAUGUACAGUUAAUUGUGCUCGCUCUGUUUGGGUCAUGGUACAAAUAUGCAAAGGGUGAUUUGAAAGCUUUACUUUGGACAAAUGUACAUACAAAAAAAAAAGUAUUUAGCCAGUGAUUGAGAAUGGGUUUUUUUGCCAUUUUUUUUUUUUUAAUUUUUUUGGUUCAUUGGCGCAGCUUCUAAGCAUUGUACCAGAGUCCUAUGUUCUACUAUGCAACAAGUCUGGCCUCCCUCCAUCACCACUACAACAAAAACGCAGUUUUCGCUCCACAACUUUACAACACUUUACAAAGGUCUUGCUCAAUGUAGACAGAUACAAGCUUUAAAUUACACACAACUGCCGUCGUUUUGAGAAUCACCCGGGACACCGUUAAAGGCAAUCCGAGAGACGAUAUUGUAUUUAAAGAACUUUUUAUGUGAAAGAAGCAGCAGUACAAAUGUGAAGACCAUCUUGAAUUCACUCGACUGCCUUUGCUUUUUUGUUGCGGGGAGAAUGCGUUUUUGUAAACACAAAGGCAGCAGAUUUGCUCCAUCGGAGGUGUGUAAAGUACAUGUUUUGGAAGUAGAUUCUCUCUGUGUUUUUAAAGUGCUUUCAUGAGUUGCGGUACCUACAAAAUCAAAAGACUAAAAAAAGGCAACGAGGGACAAGCAGAGAUCUAUUUUAGUAGUCCACCGAAGGUUUAGUUGUACGCUUCAAAUUCGGUGAACAUUUUGUGCAGUUAUUUUACUUCGACAUAAAAAUGUACCCAGCCAUGAGCCAUAGUGUUUAGUAGAUACAUAUUGCAAAAAGAUUAAGAGUUUUUUUUGUUUUUGUUUUUUUGCUGUUAACAUGUACAGGUGAAAAAAAGUCUUUGUAGAUCAUGUACAAAGUUGUGAAAAAAAAAAAUUAAGCGACUGAAUCUUCAGCAUGCCCCUCAUUUAAACGUGUUAUGUAAAUUGUGCCAUGUUAUUAAAAA